AUGUCACCAUUUGAUGGUGGCGUUGAACUACCGCCUCCAAAUAAUGUUGAACCAACUUUAACACUUCUUACAAAAGAAUUAUUUGAUAAAAUUUAUGGAGUAUCUAGAGAAAAUUUGGGUGAAGCUAGAACUUUGACAGAAAGGAAAGCUCAAAUUAUCAAUGAAUUCAUCGAUACAUUUAGAACUCACAUAGGUAGUAAUAUGUUCCCAAGUUCAAAACUAAUAUUUCCUGAGAAAUCUGGUAGAUUAUAUUUCAUUCAAGAAAAAACUUUAGCUACAUUAAUUAUUAAAAUGUAUAAUAUUCCAAAGGAGUCAGAAGAUUAUAAAUUUCUUUUUAAUUGGAAUAGAGGAUAUCAAGCUUCCAAAAGAUUUUCACUGGAUGAAAGGAAAUUGAGAGAUUUGGCAAUCCAAGCUUCCAGAAUUAUUGCACAUCGUAGAGAAGUAACUGAGUUUGAAGAAUAUACAGUAUCUGAUAUCAAUAAGGCAUUAGAUGAUAUAAAAGAUGAUAAUAAGCAAGAAACAAAAAUUAGAGUCCUUAAACCCAUUUUUGAUCAUUUAAGAUUAGAAGAAUUAAGAUGGUUUAUCCAAUUUAUUUUAAAAAAACCGAUUCUACAAAAUAUAGAAAAAUUAUUCUUCAAUAGUUGGCAUCCAGAUGCUUAUAGAUUAUUUAGUCUUUGCAACAAUUUAGAAAUGACAUUCAAUAGUCUUUGGGAUCCUGAAAAGAGAUUAACAAAACAAGAUUUAACAUUACAUCCUCGUUUCAAAUUCAAACCUCAAUUAGCAACGAGACUAAAUCAAAAUUAUGAUGCAAUUGUUAAAAAAUUACAUAAAACUAUCCCCAUGGAUGAGGUAUACGAGACUAAAUUGAAAGAAUGGAAUCUACAAGAUAAAUUUUAUAUUGAAGAAAAAAUGGAUGGUGAUAGAAUGUUGUUACAUAAAGAUGGUGAUCACUUCAAAUUUUUUACGAGGAGGUUAAAAGAUUAUUCCUUUUUGUAUGGAGAGAAACUUCAUGUUGGAGGAUUAACUAAAUAUCUUGCUAAUGCAUUUGCAAGUAAUGUUAAAUCAGUAAUACUUGAUGGAGAAAUGGUUGCUUGGGAUUAUGAAAGAGAAGCAAUUUUACCAUUUGGAACCCUUAAAUCGCUGGCGAUUCAAGAAGGUGUCCGCCAAUUUACUACUAUUGACGAAUACGAUCAAAUUAAAAGCUAUCCUUAUUAUUUGGUAUUUGACAUAUUAUAUUUGAAUGGUAAAGAUUUGACUAAUUAUCCGUUAUUUUUCAGGAAAAAUAUUUUAAAAAAGAUUAUUAAUCCAGUUCCUCAUAGAUUUGAAAUUCAUGAAACACGAAUUGGUUCAGGUUCAGCAGACAUUGAAAGAGCAGUUAGAGAAGUUGUUCAAUCAAGAGGAGAAGGUUUAGUUUUAAAGCACCUUCAAUCAAAAUAUUUCAUAGAUUCGUACCGCAACGCGGAUUGGAUUAAAGUAAAACCAGAGUAUUUAGAGGAGUUAGGUGAAAAUCUUGAUUUAGUUGUUAUUGGUAAAACCCCCGGUGCUAAAAAUGCAUACAUGAUGGGUUUGAGAAAUAAUGAGGAUGGUUCGUACUAUAGUUUUUGUACUUCGGGAAAUGGAUUUAAGCAUUCAGACUUUAGCACAAUUGAAAGAUUAACAAAUGGAAAAUGGGUUGAAUUAGCUAAACAAAGACCACCAGAAUCACUUAUUAAAUUUGGUAGAAAACUUCCAGAAUUCUGGAUAGAUCCCAAUGAUUCAUUAGUAUUGGAAAUCAGAGCAAGAUCAAUUGAUGUUAGACCCGAAUUAACUUAUGCUGUUGGAACCACUUUACAUAAUUUAUACACAAGACAAAUUAGAGAAGAUAAACCGAUUGACGAUUGUUUAACAUUACAAGAUUAUUUAGAAUUAAAAAAAGAUCAUACCAGAGGUCUUGAAAAGAAACAAACUGCACUUAACAGAAAGCGUAAUUUUAAUCUUAUGACUUCAUUUAAUAACCCAAUUGAAUUGAAGAAAGUAAAAAUAGAAUCGGAUUUAUUUUCAAAUUUUGAAUUUCUUAUAAUGAGUGAUAAAAAAGAUUUUGAUGGAUCAAUUACACCCAAAGAUAAACUAAAGGAGUUAGUUAAAAGAUAUGGUGGUCAUAUUGUUCAUUCUUUAAAUCCAAACACUGAUCGUCAAAUUCUUGCAAUUACCGAAAUACAACUACCAGUUGGAUCAAAUUAUCUUGAACAAGGUAUUGAUCUAAUCAAACCUUCAUGGAUAUUGGAAUGUGUAAAAAGAAAUAGAAUUGUUCAAAUUGAACCAUAUUUCGUAUUUGCUACUAAAAAUUGGGACAUGUAUCAACAAAGAGUUGAUGAAUUUGGAGAUUCAUACAUCAUUCAUACACCAAUGAAAACAAUUAAUACCCCUACUUUAAAAAAGUAUGAACUUGAAAAAUUGAGAUCAGAAUUUGAAUGGUGGCAUUCAAAUAAACCUUUGUUAUAUCUUUUCAGAGGUGUUGAUUUUUUUGUUUUAGGAGAUUCAUUAUCUACACAAGUAUUGAAAGAACGAAUCCAAAGAUUCGGUGGUAAUAUUACUGAAGAUUAUGUCAAUUGUGGAUAUAUUGUUAUUCCAAAAGUAGAAGAAAUUAAAAAUAGAGAUAAAACUUUUUUCAGAAUUAAAAGAAUAUAUAGAGAAAUUGAUGAAAAUUUGGAAAUUAGAGAUGGUAAAUUUAUGAAUAAAUUACCAUUUACUGUGUUAGAAGGAUUUAUUGAAGCAUCUAUUGAUGUAAAUUGCAUAGUUGACCCACAAGAUCACAAACUAGUAUAG